CCGGCCGCCGUGAGGAGCACGAGGCCACCGUGGCGGGCGCGCAGUCGGAGGGCGGAGGGCGGCGGGCGGCGGGCGGCGGGAGGGCCAGGGCAGCGCGGGCGGCGGGCGGCGGGCGCCGGCGGCGCGCGGUGGGCAUGGCGGGUGCGGGGCUGCGGGCGGUCGCUCGGCGCUGGCUGCUGUGCGGAGGCCACGGCGGGCCGCGAACUGCCUCGUCCUCGCCCUCCUGCCCUGGCUGCGGCCCCCCGGGUCCCGGCGCCCACUGUCCCGGCGCCCCGCGCUCCGCGCCCGCCCAGGCACCCGCAGGCGGCGCCGACCUCAGCGCGCACCUAUGGGCUCGCUACCAGGACAUGAGGAGACUGGUGCACGACCUCCUGCCCCCCGAGGUCUGCAGUCUCCUGAACCCAGCAGCCAUCUACGCCAACAACGAGAUCAGCCUGCGUGACGUUGAGGUCUACGGCUUUGACUACGACUACACGCUAGCCCAGUAUGCAGACGCACUGCACCCCGAGAUCUUCAGCGCCGCCCGUGACAUCCUGAUCGAGCACUACAAGUACCCAGAGGGGAUUCGGAAGUAUGACUACAACCCCAGCUUUGCCAUCCGUGGCCUCCACUAUGACAUUCAGAAGAGCCUUUUGAUGAAGAUUGACGCCUUCCACUAUGUGCAGCUGGGGACAGCCUACAGGGGCCUCCAGCCUGUGCCAGAUGAGGAAGUGAUCGCGCUGUAUGGGGGCACCCAGCACAUCCCACUUUACCAGAUGAGUGGCUUCUAUGGCAAGGGUCCCUCCAUUAAGCAGUUCAUGGACAUUUUCUCACUGCCGGAGAUGGCUCUGCUGUCCUGUGUGGUGGACUACUUCCUGGGCCACAGCCUGGAGUUUGACCAAGCGCACCUCUACAAGGAUGUGACGGACGCCAUCCGAGACGUGCAUGUGAAGGGCCUCAUGUACCAGUGGAUCGAGCAGGACAUGGAGAAGUACAUCCUGAGAGGGGACGAGACGUUUGCCGUCCUGAGCCGCCUGGUGGCCCAUGGGAAACAGCUGUUCCUCAUCACCAACAGUCCUUUCAGCUUCGUAGACAAGGGGAUGCGGCACAUGGUGGGUCCCGAUUGGCGCCAGCUCUUCGAUGUGGUCAUUGUCCAGGCAGACAAGCCCAGCUUCUUCACUGACCGGCGCAAGCCUUUCAGAAAACUCGAUGAGAAGGGCUCACUUCAGUGGGACCGGAUCACCCGCUUGGAAAAGGGCAAGAUCUAUCGGCAGGGAAACCUGUUUGACUUCCUGCGCUUGACGGAAUGGCGUGGCCCCCGCGUGCUCUACUUUGGGGACCACCUCUAUAGUGACCUGGCGGAUCUCAUGCUGCGGCAUGGCUGGCGCACGGGUGCCAUCAUCCCUGAGCUGGAGCGUGAGAUCCGCAUCAUCAACACAGAGCAGUACAUGCACUCGCUGACGUGGCAGCAAGCACUCACGGGGCUGCUGGAGCGCAUGCAGACCUAUCAGGACGCGGAGUCGAGGCAGGUGCUAGCUGCCUGGAUGAAAGAACGGCAGGAGCUGAGGUGCAUCACCAAGGCCCUGUUCAACGCGCAGUUCGGCAGCAUCUUCCGCACCUUCCACAACCCCACCUACUUCUCGAGGCGCCUCGUGCGCUUCUCUGACCUCUACAUGGCCUCCCUCAGCUGCCUGCUCAACUACCGCGUGGACUUCACCUUCUACCCGCGCCGCACGCCGCUGCAGCACGAGGCGCCUCUCUGGAUGGACCAGCUCUGCACUGGCUGCAUGAAGACCCCCUUCCUUGGUGACAUGGCCCACAUCCGCUGAGGGCGCCUUUAUUGUCCGGGACAGGCCCCCAGCCCCUCCCGCCCUGUCCACCCUGGGCGUCCACCCAGACAAGCAAUAAAAGUGGUCUUCUCCCUA